GACACUGUGUGUUUUGUACGGCUGCGCUAAGCCCCGCUCCCCUCAGUCACGCAUCAACAUGGCGACGUGCGGAAAUAUGGGGCGAAGCAGGAGAAAUAUUUGUGCUUUUUCUGUCGCUAUUUUCGUCCUGAUGUUAUCCAGCGGCUGCCUGUCAGCUCCAGUAGAAGAGCCACAGAAAGAUCUGGGACAAGCAUCUCAGGGUCCUAAUUUGACCAGAGAACCAGCUAAACAGAGCCCAGCAGCUGCAGCCGAUCCCAAGGCCACGGAGACGGAGCCCAAGGCCACGGAGACGGAGCCCAAGGCCACGGAGACGGAGCCCAAGGCCACGGAGACGGAGCCCAAGGCCACGGAGACGGAGCCCAAGGCCACGGAGACGGAGCCCAAGGCCACGGAGACGGAGCCCGAGGUCACGGGGACGGAGACGAAGCCCGAGGUCACGGGGACGGAGACGAAGCCCGAGGUCACGGGGACGGAGACGAAGCCCGAGGUCACGGAGACGGAGCCCAAGGCCACGGAGACGGAGCCCAAGGCCACGGAGACGGAGCCCAAGGCCACGGACCCCAAGCCCGAGGCCAUGGAGACAGAGCCCGAGGCCACGGAGACAGAGCCCAAGGCCACGGACCCCAAGCCCGAGGCCACGGAGACAGAGCCCAAGGAGUCUACAACAAAUCCUAAGGACCCCACAACAGCAGAAGUAGAAGCUCCUAAAGCGGACCAGAAAACAGGCACAGAAGUAAAAUCAACUUCCACGCAUAAAGGAGAUUCUUCAAUCACCGUGUUUGAUUCCUCUGCAGGCAAACUGCCGCAAAAUUCUGACGGUGAUGCAAAAUCAGAUGAGACUGACAAAAAUCGAGAUGGCACUGAGGCAACAGAGGAACAUGCUUCUUCUGCAACCACCCGGGUCUCCACUGUAGAAUCUACCACUGCCUCUACUAAAGUCCAGGAAACAACAACCCCAAUUACAGAAUUCACACAGGCCGACUUAGAUCUCCUAGACGCCGAUGGCAAGGGACAAGGACCUCAGAUCAGUAGCGAAGAAGACGAGGAUGGUGAAGAUGAUGUUGAUGACGAAAGCAUAGAUCCUGAGGAGUCUGACGGUUUAUUAUACGGAAAUGCCGACCCCAAAGACCAAACGGAGAACGGGCGGCGGCAGCAGGCUGGGGAGAUGGAGGCGCCCCGAUAUAAGGGAGUGGACAGCUACAACACAGAGGACGAGGACUCCCACUUCUUCUUUCACCUGGUCAUCCUGGCCUUCCUGGUGGCCAUCGGCUACAUCGCCUACCACAACAAGAGGAAGAUCUUCCAUCUCGCACAUAACCGACGCUGGAAGGACAGUUUAUGUUCCCGCAACACCGUGGAGUAUCGCCGCCUGGACCAGAACGUCAACGAGGCCAUGCCGUCCCUCAAGAUGACCCGAGACUACAUUUUUUGAUCCAGAAGAAGAACGUGUCCAAACCUGCACCGAGCCCGCCGGCCCUCCUGCCUGGUCGUUGUCCAGAUGCCGUGCUUUGUCGUGGAGCUUAAUCGAUGCUUUCUCCUGCUUUCCAGGCCGGUCAGAGAGCAGGAGAUGUUUGUCUUUGAAACAGAAUUCUUUUUUUUUUUUUUUUUUUUGGUCUGCAUAGAGAUUUUUUUCAUUCUGGGUCAUUCUUGUUUGUUAUAUUAUUUUUUGAAUAUUUUGCCUUUAUUCUAAAUUAAUAACUUCUUGCUAAUUAAUUUGACUUUUUAGUCUUUGUAUUUGUCUUUUUUGGGGGUUGGUUCAGCCUUAUGGUCCCUUUACACCUGUUUUUGUUGUUCUUCUUGUCUUAAUAUUUUUAAUACUCAAUUUAAAAGGUGGAAGAAUUACAGCUUGAUUAACUUUUGGAUCAUAAUAUAAAGCCUGAUGAUGAGAUUUUGGUUAUUUACCUGAAAAUUAAUGAUGGAUUUCUCUCUCAGCAGUUAGCCAAGAUAAGAGUUGAUACACAAAGCACUUCCUGUGUCAUGCAUACUUUUAAAUUGUUAAAGUGUAAGUGUGCAGACAAAGCAGCAAUCUAUCCACACAUGUGUGCUUACAUUUAUUCAUAAAUAUGCAGUCAUUCCAAGAACUCCUCAUUAGUCUGCUUUGAAAUGGCUUCUGUUGGGGGGAGAAAAAGUGCUUUAAACUGCAAAAUACUACUUUAUAUAAACUUUAUGACACUCAGUUUUUUCUUCUCUGACAGAAAUCCACUUUUCACAGAAAUUUAAAAACCGUCUUUCAGCUGUUUCUGAUUCCACCUUUGCUGUAAUAGCCUUAUUAUGAUUUAGAAAUCUGCUACGCAUUAAACAUGAAGUCAGGGAGGGUGACUGCUCUUCAGGUGAGGGGUAAUGUCCUGUGCUGAAGCCAUUUAAAUGAAGACAGAUGCUGUAUAUUGUUCAGGUUAGAAUGUACUAAUAUAAUAUAUGGAAGAAGCUUUUAUUGCCAGAUAUUUUUUCUUUGUUCAUCAGUUUAGCUUGUCUUAACGCGGCACCUCUUGUACUUCUACUGCCCAGAUUUUGCUAUGCAGAAAUCCUGCGGCUGGGCCUCUUUGUUUUAUGACUUCGGUGAAGUCUCUAUCGACACAUAAUCAUUGUGGCGUUCCCUCGUGCUCACACAGUAGUUUAGUUCCUUCCUGUCGAGGUAUUUUGUUGGACUGCUGUCUGUCAGAAACUUUGCACCCUCCUUGUUUCCUCACGAGCAUCAAAAACGCACAAAAACAAGAACAGACCACAUUGUUUUAUUCGUCACAGCCACUUCUUGUUUCUUCUGCCGUCUCAUGCCUUCGGUUGAAAUGCCACGUGAGUCUACAUAUUUAUCAGUCUCUUGUCUUCAGCCGUCUCGUCCGUGUUCAAGGUAAACUUUGGGUGGAUUGAUUUGCACUGUGCUCUUCAGCCAUGCCAGCUAGAAUAGAAGUGGAGAAGGUUCCCUGUGUGAAGGUGAUGGAUCAACACUGCUCUUGCAAUCAACAGUAGAAACAAUCUCUUUUUCUUUUUUUUGUCAAUAAAGCACAAGUUGUGUAAAUCC